AUGGUCCAGUUUGUCUACGAUCGAUGGAAGUCUGUCAUCUACUGCAACACAAAGAUUGUUCGGUCCCGUAUCGGCCAGUACGCUGCUGCUAUCCACAGUAAGGGUGCCCCGUUGGACAGGGUGUGGGCUUUUCCAGACGGCACGAAGAUUGAAUCAUGCCGUAUUAGUGCCACAUCAAAUGGUGCUGAAGGGCUCAACCUACAAGAGCGCAUCUACUCCGGCCAUAAACGCAAGCACUGUCUCAACUUCCAGGGUCUCACGACCCCAGACGGUUUGUGUGUUCAUUUCUUUGGCCCAUUGGAAGGCAGUCGGCACGAUGUUGCCCUGCUUCGCGUCAGUAAAUUGCAGGAAUUUUUCGAAAACAGCUCGGACAUCUUUGACGGCUAUUACAUCUACGGUGACCCCGCCUACCCAAUAUCAAAGUGGAUCGUUUCUGGCCGCAAAGGAAACAAUUUGGACGAGUCCAAGGAGUUGUUCAACUGUGCAAUGAGCCGCGUCCGUCAAGGCGUCGAAUGGAACUUUGGCCGUCUCAAGUCACUUUGGGGAUUUAUUACGUACAAAAUGCAACAAAAAAUCAUGCUGUCGAACGUCGGGACAGUCGUGCUCGUGGCUAGGUUUCUGACAAAUUGCAAUUGCUGCUACAACAGUGGAAAUCACAUCUCCACGUACUUUGCACUUGUCCCGCCAACUCUUGAAGAGUACUUGAACUCGUAG